GACACUUCGUUCCGUUGCCUUAGAAACUAAACUAACUAUCGAUAACCGUUUUUAAUUUCUCAGAAAACUAUUCCGGGAUCGAUUAGUUUCAACUUUUUCGUUUCUUUUUGACUUUUUAAAUCACCUUUACUGAGGGAACGUUGUCUUGAAAACUUGUCCAAUGAGUAAUUUAUACGAAAACAUCGACGGUCAAGAAGAACUGGACUUUCCAUUACUUUUCCUGUACAACCAACCUGACUUACCUCCAGAUGACCAAGUUGAUGACGCUGGCAUCCCCUCCAGCCAUGGUACCAAUCAAACUUCUCUGUACGAUGAGGAGUCUGCGUGCCAGCUUUCCCACCAUCUCCCUACCGAUGACCUUCUCACCUAUGGGCAAUCUGAUUAUAGACACCCCUCCAUGCUUGCCAGCCACCCUGGAGCGCUCCAAGGCAACGGCCCGAGAAUUGAGAUCACCUGCCCUGACCUGUACCAGCAUGACCAUGUCCACACCAACCCUGUGAACAUAAGUCAGCCCAUGCUUGACAUCCCUUACAGGGAGAGCCAAUGCCUCAGUCCGGCUAGUAGCACAUCGUCUACUAGCUGGCAUUCAGAUGGCUAUUCUCCUGGAACAUACUCCCCCUGCAUCUCUCCCGGUGUUGGUGAAGGAACGCUAGCCGGAUUGACCGAAGCCGUCCUUUGCCCGAUGAUGCAGGCCAUCCAAGCUUCUGGUUCUCCCAAUACGUCCCCUCGCACCAGCAUCACAGAAGACACCGUCCUGGACCGCCGUCCCACCUCUCCACGUUCUCGCUCGGCUUCUCCGCAGGGGAAGCGCACUUAUGCCGAAUACGAGACACAGAGAUCUCAAAGCCCCCGUUUUGGCCGGGACGAGCCCGCCGAGUUCUAUCCACUGGCAAACUUGGAGGAUUCCAUGAACAGCCUCAGCCACAGCUUGACUAAACCAAUCCCUACUAAGAUUGUCCGACCUAAUCUAGAGUAUUCUGUCUACACGGAAAGCCAUGUGGGCAUGUUCCCACCUAUGCCGGAAGUGAAAAAAGAAUUCACUGUGGAACCGUGCUAUUUCAUGCCUGCCAACUGGUCCAGUCAGGCUCUCACAGGGGUUUGUAGUAUGCCAGUGGCUGCCUUGCCUGCGCCUGAAUGGCCUCUUCCCAGCAGCACUGAGCAGUAUGAGCUCAGGAUAGAGGUUCAACCCAGACAACACCACCGGGCCCACUACGAGACAGAGGGCAGCCGAGGGGCCAUCAAAGCAUCUACUGGAGGCCAUCCUGUCGUUCAGUUGCGAGGGUACACCGGGUCUGAGCCGCUGGCUCUACAGGUCUUCAUCGGCACGGCUGACGACAGGAACCUCAGACCUCACGCCUUCUACCAGGUCCACCGCAUCACCGGCAAGACCGUCUCUACCAACAGUCAGGAACGAAUGCUGAACGGAACCAAGGUCCUAGAGGUGCCACUGGAACCCAAGGAGAACAUGAGAGCUGUAGUUGACUGCGCUGGUAUCCUGAAACUGAGAAAUGCCGACAUUGAGCUGAAGAAAGGAGAGACAGAUGUGGGACGGAAAAACACACGAGUGAGAUUGGUCUUCCGUGUCCACGUUCCUCAACCCAGCGGCCAGUGGAUCUCUCUCCAAGUGGCUUCGCAGACUAUUGAAUGCUCUCAAAGGUCUGCUCACGAGCAGCCAGUGGUAGAUCACCAUGACUUGGACCACUGUUUGGUUCUGGGUGGACCGCAGAUGAUCCUUAGGGGCCAAAACUUCACAUCAGAGUCCAAAGUCAUCUUCUUUGAGAAAACGCAUGUUGACUUACAGUUAUGGGAGGCUGAGGCGAAAGUUUACAGAGACAAAUGCACAUCUAACCUGCUGUUUUUGGAAAUCCCUCCAUAUCGAGACCCCAACAUCUACCACCCAGUCAAAGUCAAAUUUCACGUACUGAAUGGGAAGAAGAGAUGCAGCCAGCCUCAAAACUUCACCUACACGCCCCUCUCAGUGCCACAGAUUAAAGCAGAGCCGGUUGAAGAAUACCAAUACGCACAGUUAGGCUGUAUUGGGCGUCCUAUUAUGGGCAUCUCUCCUCCCUCUUACCAUCUUGCAGACGGUUGCAUGAUGCCGGGUGGCCCGUCAUACCAGCGAGCUCACUGCAUGUACCCUGCUGCCCCACAACACACACCCAUGCACAGCUUCCAAACGGCCGCCUCUAUAUUAAUCAGAUUCCAAAAACAUGCUUCGUGCGUGGCGGCCUCACACAGCGCCACCUCUGUGUCUACAUUUGUGCCAAACACCUACCAGCACACCAUAGCAGGUAACAGCAUCCAAACGACCGCCUCUCUGUUUCCCACCCUCGAUGUCUCAGAGCUCUGCUCCGCUGCGGCCCAUCAGAAGGCGUAUGGCUCGAGGGCGUCCCCAACCACAGGGAGAUCCCCUCCGGCCCGUAUCCAUCAGCAGACAUACCUGCCAUUGCAGCACCAGAGAAACGUCAGUCCUGUGAGAGUCACCAUCAAGCAGGAGAACCUGGAUCAGGCCUAUCUGGAUGAUGUGAAUGCUGUUAUAAGAAAGGACCUCGUUCAUAAAAAUAAUCUCUGAUGUGAAUUGUGGAAGAGAAAUCAUCACCCUCUCAAGAUACAGCAUCACAGAUGAAGACAUCUUGGCAUUGAGAUCUAUUUAAAUUGCUGGUUUUUCAUAUCUAUGAUUUGUACACAAAAAUUUGACCAGUAAGAUCAUGUUAGAUGUAAUAUUA